AUGGCCUUCAGCAAUUUUCAAUCAUCACUAUCGGCGUCCGCAUCCUCUGUGCGGUCACGGUACGACGACGUGGUCUUGAGUUUUAGAGGAACGGAUACGAGUAGGCAUUUCACGAAUGGCCUUCUCGCCGGCUUAUCCAACGCAGGGAUGAGCGUGUUUAGAGACGAAAAGGUGGCGGGGGCAGACAAGGGAAUCGACCCCACGCUAGUUGAAGCGAUUGAACAGUCAAAGAUAUCAAUACCGAUCAUCUCGCCGGACUACGCUUCCAGCGAGAGCUGCCUCAUGGGGCUGGUCAAGAUGCUGGAGUGCAGGGACAACAUGAACCAUACCGUCAUUCCCAUAUUCUAUGGCGUCGACCCCUCCGACAUUGGUUCCUUCGUGAACCACAAAAAAAGGGGGAUCGAUCGCAAGCUCCUCACCCCCUGGAAGUCCGCCCUCCAUCGUAUCGGACAGUUGAAGGGCUAUCAUCUGGACCCCACGAGCGACCAGGAUGGCAGGCUUAUAUCCGAGGUCGUCUUGUAUGUCACUCGGCAGCUGAAGAAUGCUGAACUAGUUGGUACUUCCAUGCCGGUCGGAAUCGAUAAUCAACUCCGCAAGAUGAUGACGAGGCUUGACGUCGACUAUCGUGACGGACAAGCAGUUGCAAUACGCGGCAAUGAGGUCCGAAUGGUCGGAAUACAUGGCAAUGCGGGGAUCGGGAAAACAACUCUUGCAAAGUUCAUUUACAGCCAGCUAUAUCCUCUGUUUGAAGGGUGUAGCUAUCUGGGAAACAUCGGGGAGGUAUCGAAAACUGAGCCCUUGGAGCAUCUGCAAAGCCAACUGAUUUCUGACCUGCUAAAGCAAAGGCCCAUGAGCAUGGGCUCCGUAGAAGAAGGUAUUCACAAUAUCAAACAUAGGUUUCGCAGUAUGAGAGUUCUCAUCGUGCUUGAUGAUAUCCAUGGGAGGCCUCAGCUCGAAGCAUUUGCUGGGAAGCUAAGCUGGUUUGGUUCGAGAAGCAGGAUAAUUGUAACCACCAGAAACGCCGAACUUCUUCGUGAUAUCCCUGAAAUGUUUGGGACUUAUAGAGUUGGACCUAUGGAGUUCGAUCCAUCCCUUUGUCUCUUCUGCCGACAUGCUUUCGGGGAAAGUUCUCCCCGUCAGGGCUAUGAAGAUCUGUCGAAGCAGAUUGUUUCCCGAAUUGACGGGGUCCCUUUAGUAAUUGAGGUUCUAGGCUCAUAUCUCUACAGAAAACAGAAAGAAACAUGGGAUGAGACGUUGCGUCAACUAAAGGAAAUUCCAGCCCGUAUGCUCCACAAGGUGUUGAUGACUAGCUAUACAGAUCUAAAUCAAGGGACUAAAGAUAUAUUUCUCGACAUAGCUUGUUUCUUUUUAGGAAAAGACCAGAGAAUUCCCUUCUAUAUGUGGGAGGACUGCGGUUUUCAUCCUCGUAGUGGUAUUGAGAGUCUCCUUCUCACGUCCCUGGUGAAAAUCGGAGAGAACAACGAGCUGUUGGUGUAUGAUCUAUUGAGAGACGUUGGUCUAGAAAUUGUCCGUAAUGAAGACCGAGCGAACCCAGGAAGGCGCAGCAGGCUGUGGAAUCACGAGGAUGCCCUCCGUACCCUAAGGAACAAACAGGCAACGAAAAUGGUUAAAGCCCUCUGUCUUAAGUACGACAAUGGCUCAGGCGAUUAUUUCACAAGUGAAGAAUUUCAAAGCCUGUCCGAGCUGAGGUUCCUUAAACUGGACAAUGCAAAUAUCCGGGGAGAUUUCAGCAAUCUACUUUCCAAUUUAAGGUGGCUCGAUUGGCGAGGGUGCCCCACGACCUUUGAAGCCAUGAACUUGCAUUUGGAGAAAUUGGUGAUUCUUGAUUUAUCAUGGAGCAAGGUCACUCAAGACUGGGAGGGUUGGAGUCAAAUUGAGAUGCGGCAAUUGAAAGUUUUGAACCUCACGGGGUGUAAUGAAAUGCUGAUGACUCCCGACUUCUCCAGUUACCCGCAGUUGGAGAUGCUGAUUCUCGAGCGCUGUGCUCAAUUGGUCGAGAUACACCAUUCAAUCUGUGAUCUAAAAUCCUUGGUUUCCUUGAAUUUGAAAUCCUGCAGCAAUCUUAGUGAGUUGCCGCUAGAAAUGGGUAACAUGGAAGCGCUGAAAGAACUUCUCAUUGAUGGCACUUCAAUACAAGAAAUCCCGGAAUCGAUAGCUAGAAUGAAGAAACUCGAAACUGUAAGUGCCUCCAAUUGCUAUUCACUAACUUACCUGCCAAUCAGUUUCCCUACAGAAGCUCUUUCGAUGCUCUUGCUGGACAAUGCGAAGAUCAUCGAACUCCCCAAUUCAAUCGGAAGUUUGGAGAAACUAGAACGGUUGUCGUUGAGGGACUGCCGGGAGAUACAGAAACUUCCAGAAUCUUUAGGUGAAUUAGGAUACUCAUUGGUGGAGUUGGACGUAUCAGGGACGCUUAUUGUGGAACUGCCCGACUCCACAAGUAACUUGCACCUACUGAGAGUUCUUAAGCUGGAACGGUGUCAUGUGAGAAAGUUUCCUAGUGUCAUUGGCGAGCUAAGGAAGCUUGAAGAGAUCCAUGCCUCCCACUGUAGGAGUUUGGAGGGAAGCAUACCUAGUAACAUUAAGAAUCUAGAAUUCCUGAAAAUUUUGAUGCUAGGAUAUACUUGUGUUUCGAGCCUACCAGAGUCAAUCCAGUUGCUAAGCCAUCUCCAGACCCUCAAUUUACUUGCUUGCAACAACCUUGAAACACUACCCGUGCUUCCCUCGAGUUUGACUUGUCUGCGAAUAAGUUCAAAGAAGAUGAGCAUGAUCCCGGAUAUCCAGAAUUUGGUUGAACUGGAAGACUUGAGCUUAGGCUAUGAAAAGCCCAAGGAGCUAAUAGAUCCUCCUUCGUCCCAGUCUCUAGGGACCAUAAGCUUGCCGAAGCUCAAGAGCUUAGAGUUGUCUCAUUCCCAAAUCUCCAAUUUGGGAUUUGAGUACGGCCCCGCAUGCAAUCCUCAGCUCAACAAAGUCGUCCCGACGGGUGCAAAUCUUCAAGGAGUAUCGGGGCUCCCCUCAUCGUUGUCCGUAUUGUCCAUCCAAGCUUGUACGUCGGCGACGAGUAUGCCAACACUUGGGAGUUUGAUUUACUUGUCGGAGCUACAGCUCUUGAACUCACCUGUCGAAGAGAUUAGAGGGCUUGGAGAACUAAAAAGCCUAGAGAUCCUGGUUGUGUCGCAUUGCCCGAUAGUACAUCUCAACGGCCUCUCCAAAUUGACAUCAUUGAUGAGAUUGUCUCUCAAGAACUGUGAAUCACUCAGCAAGUUGCCCAACGUGUCCAACCUCAUCAUGUUGAGAGUCCUGGAAAUCCACGGGUGCCGGAAGAUCUGCAGCAUCAAAGGCCUCGAGGGAUCGACAUCCCGGGAGGAGCCGAUCGUGACCGAUUGUGAGGCAGAAAGUUCAGCUGAAGUAAACAAAGCCCGGAGGAGGAUCAAAAAACGCCUCCUCCGUUCCUCUGCUACCACUCCACCGUCGUUCCGAUCGCCGCGUGUCACCGGACAACCCUGGAACAGCUCCGACGCUGGACUGCUCUAUUUUGGCUCCAACUUCGAUUUUCCGUCAUCCAGCCACCCCGAGCCGCUUUUAGCUACCGCCAGCCACCACUCCGCGUGCCCACCAACCCUCAGCCGCCACCACGACCGCCGUUCACUGCAGGAAGACCCAGAACAUCCAUCUGAAGCCCUCACAGACCGUCAUCCCCUGUUCUGGUCGCUGAGACCUAUGGCCGCUACUGCAGCUUCUUCGCCUAGAUCCGCCGCCCGUCAACCACCCCAAGCCGUCGUCCUCGACCCCUCGUCGUCCCCUGGAGUCAUUGGAAGUUGA